GUUUUAAGAUAGUGUUUCACGAAGAACGACGCGUGUGGAAUGGCCGUUUUCAUGUUUUUCUUUAUUGCGUACCUUUCGUACAUGAACUAGUAUCUUUGGCCCGAUUUAUAGACGUACCUGGCAAUACUGUGAGAUUAUUGCAACAAUAAUAAGACACAAUUGGAAUAAUUGCAGAAGCGUGAUAUUUGUUUGAGAUUACAUUUAAGAUGUCGACAGAUCACAGUGGCAAAGGUUACACACCUUUAUCGCAAAAUAUGAGCAAUACCGAUACCGAGGAUGAAGAGGAACGUUUAACUCGACCUAAUCAUAUUACCUACAAGAUCGACAAUACUACGACAAUAGCGGAUUUACAUGCAGGUCAUGAAAAUGGGGUGUUUUAUCCACUGGACGAAACACAGAAUCUAGGAAAUAGUGCAAGAAAUGACAAAAACACAAUUAAAUGUUAUCAGGAUGAUAUACCAGUCAUGGUAAUUGAAGGAAGUGAGCAGAAUGAUUUUUGGGAAAGGAAAGAUAUGUCGCCAAUGAGACGUUUUUGUCUAGUUGCAUCCAUAUUAUUAUGCAUUGUUACAAUAGUUAUCUUCUUGUACGUAUUACCUUGUGACAGUUCAAUGAUUUGUCCACCAAUUAUUGAAAAACAAUCGUCCAUAUCAUGGGACAAAACUUUACAAGAUGUUGAAAUACAUGGGCCUAUUACUACAGUACCUGGAUCUCCAUAUAAUUUAAUAUUUCUUCUUCGUGGUGAACAAUAUAGAGAAAAUGAUACAAAGAAUACAAUGAUACAAAGACAAAUACCGCCAGAAGGAGGAGGUGUUAUGUCAAUGCAAGGGAAUAGUGGAUUACCACUGUGGCUGGUACCGUUAAAAAAAUCACCUACUAUUAUAGAUUGUGCUAGUAUUGAUAUUGAUCAAUCCGAAAAGCCUGACUGUAUAGUUGCUGGUGAACAAGGCCUGCUUGUUAGUAUAGAACCGAUUGCUGGAACAAUUCAUUGGAGUGCCACAACUCAUACAUUUUCCAAAUUACCAGUUAUUCUACCAGAUAUCAAUGGAGAUAAUAUUGAAGAUUUAUUAAGUGUAGCAGUAGAUAAUGAAAAUAUGUUAUACCUUGCUUUUUUAUCUGGCAAGACUGGUCAGUUACUGGAACGUUAUUCAGUCAAUAAUUGCACAUCUAUUGAUAUAUAUAAUCUCGUCUCUAACAAGAAGAUACUUUUUAAUUGUUACGACAUUAAUGCAAAACUUGUACCAAGAUUUAUGAGUUUGAAACAAUUAUUCUACAGUAUAAAAAUGCGAAAGGUACAUACCAAUUUUGUAGCAGAAUUAAAAUCACCACGAUUAUUUGAAAUAGUAAAACUAUACAAUAAAGAAUACAGUUGGAAGCCUACGCCUUACCACCAUUUGACUAUAGAAAAUGAAGGAAUAUGUCCGGGAACUCUUUGUCGUGCUAGUGUGAAUUUGACGCUUCAAAUAACGAAUGAAUCGAUAACUAUUUGGGAUCACGUGAGUUCGAAUGCGUUUGCAUCGAAGCCGGCAUUUUUAAUGGCUUCGGGUAAACCUUAUACUUUUGGUUUUGCCAUUAAAUUUUGGCAAUGGAUGGAUUUAUUAUCCGACCAUGUAGAAAAAGCAACUAUUGCAGAACAAAGACUUACAGAAAGAGUUCUAAUAGUUAUCGUAAACUAUACAGAUGUUCAAGCUAUUAAUGCUAGUCAAAGUGAUGUAACAUUAUUGUGCCAUGGAUUUGAUUGUCAACCAAACUUAAAUUCACGCAAUCAAUUUAGUUCUAUCUCAGUUAAAUACAUCAAUAACAAUGAAUUUCCAGAAUUGAUAAGCUAUUGGUCUUCAUACAAUGUAGACUCAACUAAAGGAUUGACAUCCAAAAUACAAGUAAUAAAAAUGGAUUCCAUAAUGUCUAAUUUAAUACAUGGAGAUGUUUAGUUUAUUAGAUGACUCGAUCAUUAUUUCGUGUUGUAAAAUAUAAUAUGCUCAUAUUCUGUUGAAUAAUUUAUAAAUCAUAGAUUAAUUUGUUCAAAAGAGAAUAGAAAUUUACUAAUUUUU